AUGGCUUCUUAUGAGUUGGUAAUGGGGAUUCUCCUCCUCUUCCAGACUAUAGUUGGGAAUGUCUUAUUCCUUUCUUUUUAUAUAUUGACUUCGUUCAGUAAACAUACUUGGAGACCCACAGAUCUAAUCACCAACCAGUUGGCCUCAGCCAACUUUCUAGUCCUUUUCUCUAGGGGAAUCCCUCAGGCACUGGCAGCUUUUUAUUUAGACUAUUCCCUGGGAGAACCUAUGUGCAAGAUUACCUUUUAUAUUCAGAGGGUGGCCCAAGGGGUUUCUCUAUGCACCACCUGCCUUUUAAGUGGCUUCCAGGCUAUCACUAUUAGUCCUAAUAAUUCCGGGUGGGCAGAACUCAAACCAAAAGCUCCUAGGGCUCCUAGAUUUGUUCAGCCCUCCUGUUGCCUCUGUUGGAAUCUUCAUCUCCUGAUAAAUAUUAUCGUGCCAGUGAAAGUGACUCACUCAAGGACUACUAUAAACAUCACAAAAAUGCAGUUUGGACUGUGUGCUACAGAAAAAUCCGAUUCAUCCAUAAGCUCACUGUAUGCAUUCCUCUUUACCUUCCUAGAUAUUUUGUGUUUGGGACCAAUGGGUUGGGCCAGUGGCUUCAUAGUGCUCUUCCUGCAAAGACAUAGGCAAAGAAUCAAAUACCGUCACCAUGCCUAUCUCUCUCUCAGAGCUUCCUCAGAGACCACUGCCACUCACACUGUCCUGCUUCCGGUGAGCUCCUUUGUUUCCUUUUAUUUUCUAUCCUCCAUCUUAUCACUCUGUAGGACUUGCUUUGUCACCCAAAGCCUGCAACUGGCGAACAUAAGUGCAUUCCUGGCUGUUUGUUUUCCAGCUUUCAGCCCCUAUCUCUUCAUCAGCCAUGACAUUCAAACCUUAAGAAUCUACUUUGUCAGUUUUAAGACAAAAAUCUCCAAAUAG